UUUGCUGUGAGUGAUCUUAUAGUAUAAAUAAAUAAAUAAAAUCUUUUUUUAUAUAUCUUUUAAAAUUCCUUUAUAAGGAGCACGGAUGCAAAGAUAUAUGUGGUGUCUGAAUCACUCUGUUUUUCAAUUUCCAGAUCCAAUCUCAUUUUGGCAUCGACACCAUAGCUUUUAAUCUUGAAAUCAAGAUUUUUUUUCUACUUUUGUCCAAAUUCCUGGAAAAUAUUACCAUUCUCAGAAUUCCCACUCCAAAAAAAAGAGGUUUCCUUUGUUAGUUUCUUUGUGAUCGUUUGGAUUCUGGGUUAGUUGAAGGGAUUUCAUCAUGUUCAGGCUUUCACCUCGUAGGAAUCAAAGAUCCAAAGGGUUCAAGGUAAAGCAUGCUCUACAAAUAUGUCUUCUGGUUGGUGUUUGCAUCUGGCUGCUUUACCAAGUUAGGCACUCUAGUGAGAAGAAAGCAGUGUACGAGAAAUCUGGGAAUCAAGUCUUAAAGUUGGGGAGAAAGGACAUUCCUCAAGCAGAGGAAACAACUAUUAAGGAUGCGAGGCACAAAGAGGAAGAAGAGGACGAAAGCAAGAAUGGAGAACAAGAUAACAAGCCUGAGGAAACUGAAAAUGAAGGAAGCCGGAAUGGGGAUGAUGAUGCAAUGCGUGAGCAUGAUAAUGACAAACCUGAAGGGGAAACUGAGCACGGAGAAGUUUCAAUGAUAGAUGGAGAGAAGGAAAAUGAAGAAAGUAGGAACGAUGAUAGUGAAGAGACUAAAGAGAAGGAAAGUGGGGAAAAGGAGAGUGAAGAGAAGGAGAUAGAAGAGAGCAAAGAAAAAGAUAAUGAAGAGAGUAAGGAGGACGGUGAAAACAAGGAGAGUGAAGCCGUUACGGAAGAAAAUGAAAAUAAGGCAAAUGAGGAGACACAAGAGGUCAAUAAUGAAGAGAAAGAAAACACCAAGGAGAGUCAAGAAAAGGAAAAUAAACAGGUUGGGGAAGAGAGUAAUGAAAUGGAAAGCAGUGAGAAAGAGGCAGAAAAAAGUGGAGGUGGGAUAGAGAAUUCAAGUACUUCAAAAGAUCAGGUUCAUGAUGGAGUUGACGGGAAUAAUGAAGAAGCAAGAGAAGAACAUUACAAAGGGGACGAUGCUUUGAGUGAAGUCAUCCAUGAUACCCAAAAUGUAGCGGUCAAGAAUGAGGGAAGUGAUCCAGAAAAUUCCAAUGAGUCAGAGCAGUUGGAAAACAAAGAUAAAAAUGAAUUUAACCAGGAGAAGGAAAUGAAUAGCAGUGAAGCAUCCAAUGGCCAUCAUGAUGAGUCAAAUGUGCAUGAAAAUGAAACAACUGAAAACAAUCAAGAGAGUGGUAAUGAGAGCAAUCAGGAUGAGUUGAAAGAAGACCUCCAUCCUGAUCUCAUGACAGCUAUAGAACCAGAUGAGCACCAGAAUGAGACAGAUACAACACCCAAUACAACUCAGAAUGAAAAUGCUAUAGUUCAAUCUGAGAAAUCUGACUUAGGUGGCAAUGAUGAGCAAUCAGAUUCAAAUAGAAUUCCCACUUCAACUGAGAAUGGGGAUGGAGCUAAUGGAGGUUCUACAAGUUCCUCCAGUAACUCUGAAUCUUUUGAAUCAAAUGGACAGACUGAGAACUCCAAUGCAUGGACAGGAUCAGACAGCAAUUCUGCACAUUCAGUUACAAGCCAAAGUGAUAACACAGUUCAGACCGAAGAAUCCAACAAUAAUUCUGGAGGAGAGGGGACACGAGAAAAUGUUCUUUCGUUAAACACAAAUGAUAAUUCAAAUGCUGGUCCGAAUGAGGAAGUUCAUUCUUCUGAUUCUUCAAUUGCCAAAGAGAGUGAACCAACCUCGAACACAAAUGAUAAUGGUGGUGCAGGUCAGAAUGAGAAUGAUAGCAGCAAUACCAACAAUGAUGGAAAUGCAAAUGGGAAUGGCAGCAGCACUGACAAUCAGAGCAACACCAAUGACAAUGCAAAUGCAAAUGAAGAUGUUACUCAAAAGGACAGCAGCAAUUCGGAUGUCAAUGAAAUUUCUGCUCAGAGCAACAUCAACAACAAUGAAAAUGCAGGUCAGAAUGAGAAUGGUGCUGCUAAGAGCUACAACAACAACAACAAUGAGAAUCCAAGUCAGAAUGAGAACAAUGAUUCUGUUCAAAGCAACACCAGCAACAAUGAAAGCUCAAGUCAGAAUGAGAACAAUGCUGCCCAGACCCACAAUAAUGAAAAUGCAGGUCAGAAUGACAAAAACAAUGUUGCUCAGAGCUAUGACGAUGGCCAUGGAAAUCAGGGUGAGAAUGAGAACAAUAAUGCUCGUCAGAGCUACACAGAUAACAAUGGAAAUGCUAAUUCUAAUCUAAAUUCAGAUCAAAAGGAAUUGGACAAUUCUUCAAAUUCAUCAGAUGCAUCAUCAAGUACAGAUGGAAAAACUGAUGCAACCCAGAAUAAUCCCACUGCUUCUUCUGAUGCUUCAACUCCUCAAGAACUGAAAGAAGCUCAAACGAAUUUGGGAACUUUGCUAGCUACCAGAAAUGAGGCAAAUAACAGUGAGAAUACAGCUGCGGAGUGAACUUCCAGAUGGUCUCUUCACUACUUGACUAUUACUGUCAUUAAAUUUUUGUUUUCUUCUUCCUGAGAUGAUCAGGCAAUUGUAAAUUCGUGGCUACUUGUGCUUCAUUGUGAUAUUAGUGCUGAAAUAUAUUAUUUUGUACUUGUAGAUUUCUACUUAUAAUGAAUGACAUUCCAACUUUUCAUAAGCCACAUAUGUAGUUUUAAAACGUGUUAUACUGUCUGGCAACAAUGAAAGUUGUAGGUUUGAUUCAACAGAUUAUCUUUCUGCAGGGUACUGUUUAAAAUGGAAAAGAAAAUCCUCUAGUUUUUCUGCAAAUGUGUGUCGUUGCUGCAUAAAUCAUCAUCUUGAAAUGGGAGUGCCAGCUUUUUUGUCCAAUCCAUGAAUUUGUAGCUUAACUUGGAAGGACCAGUGGGGUUGGCAAAGCAGUAAAACCUGAUAGUGGCUCAGGACCUAAAAUCUAUCUGUAAACACAACCCUCAACCUUAAAUCUUUGACAUCCCAACAUCCGCUGCUCGGAUUACCCCUGGUUAUGGAAAGCUUAUAUGCUAACUCUCCCGUAUUCCUCCCUC